CUCUCUCUCUCUCUCUCUCUCUCUCUCUCUCUCUCACACACACACACACACACACACACACUCUUUCUGAAAGUACCCAUAAGCAUCUUGAAUCUUUUAAGGUCCACUGAGGCUUUUAAGUUUCAACCCCUACUUUCAACUAAGCUUCAGAAAAUGGCGAUCUGGGGUUUGCUUCAUCUUGUUGCUGCUGCUGCCCUCGUUCUCUCCUGCCCUUUGGCACCCACAAGUGCAAACUUAGAAGGGGAUGCUCUGUACGCGUUGAGAAGAGCUGUGAAUGACCCAAAGAGUGUUCUGCAGAGCUGGGAUCCCACCUUGGUUGAUCCCUGCACUUGGUUUCAUGUCACUUGCGACGCCGACAAUCGGGUCACACGACUAGACCUUGGAAAUGCAAACUUGUCGGGCAGUCUAGUACCCGAGUUAGGGAAGCUCGAGCGCCUUCAGUAUCUGGAAUUGUACAUGAACAACUUGAUGGGUUGUAUACCAAAAGAGCUUGGAGGAUUGAAGAGCCUUGUGAGCUUGGAUCUCUACCACAAUAACUUCUCUGGGGCCAUCCCACCCUCCCUUUCCAACCUCUCCAAUCUUAAAUUCUUGAGACUGAAUGGUAACAGACUGACUGGAAGAAUUCCAAGGGAACUUACCGAACUUCAGAAUCUGAAGAUCCUUGAUGUAUCCAACAACGAUUUAUGUGGUACUUUCCCAACCUGGGGCUCCUUCUCCAAGUUCUCAGAGGAAAGUUUCAAGAAUAACCCAAGAUUGGAAGGACCAGAACUGAUGGGAUUUGUGAGAUACGAUACCAGAGGGAGCUGCAAAUGAUGUGUACCAUUAAUAUAGUAUAUACUAUACCUAAAAGGCAACAAAGGGUUGCCAAAAUUCCAUCUCCACUCCACUUGUAUUUACGUUGUCCAUUUUUCCUUUUUUAUGAGACAGCCUUUUAUGUUUCACUAAUGUGAUUACCACAACUUACUA